AUGUUUUCUAUAAGUCCUUUUCCUGAUAUUGAUAUUAACUAUUAUUGUAAUAGGAAAAAUAUAUUAGAAAUAACAAAUAAUAUUAAUAACAGAAAAGGUAUUGGUGAUAUAAAUAGAGUUCAUGAAAUUUACAAUUUAUAUAAGGAUACACCAACCAGUGAUAUUGCUUUUCAUACUAUUAAAGAAAAUUUAUAUAAGGAACUAGUGAAUUUGCCUAAUAAAACUCAUCCUCUUGUUCAAUCAUAUAAGGAUGCCCCUAAAAUUGUGCAUAAAAUAAACACAAUACGAGACUUUGGCCAACAUAAACCUUUAGAAUUUAGUGAAAUAACACAACAUUUAAAUCUAAUGCGUACUGAUAAAUUAGGAUACACUUGUGGCAAUAAAAGUUACUAUUACUUGAGUGAAUUAGCAGAAUUAGAAGAAGCAUUAAUAAAAUAUACUGUUUCUACACUUCUGAGAAAAAACUUUUGUUUAAUAUCUGUACCAGACAUAUUAUCCAGUAACAUUUUAAGAAGCUGUGGAAUGAUGAUAAAUAAUGAUCGUACACAAAUAUAUUCUCUGGAUUCAAUACAUCAUGGACCAGAUUUAUACCUAUCAGGCACAGCUGAGAUGUCUUUAGCUGGUCUUUUGACAAAUUCAUUACAUUCAAAGGAAAAUUUACCUUUAAAAUUGGCAGCUGUAAGUAGGUGUUUUAGAGCUGAAACAUCCAAUUUAAUAGAAGAAAGAGGAACAUACAGAGUUCAUCAAUUCACUAAAGUGGAAAUGUUUGCUGUUACUUUACCGGAAGAUUCUGAUGAAAUGUUAGAGUAUUUAAGGGAAACUCAAGAAGAGCUGUUUAUACCAUUAGAUUUCCAUAUGCAAGUUUUGGAUAUGCCAGCACAUGAACUUGGAGCUCCUGCAUACAGGAAAUAUGAUAUUGAAGCCUGGAUGCCCGGGCGUAAGAGUUAUGGUGAAAUUUCAAGUUGUAGUAACUGUACUGAUUAUCAAUCUAGAAGGCUUAAUAUAAAAUAUACUGACGGUAAUGCUGUCAGUUAUGUUCAUACACUUAAUGGUACAGCAUGCGCAAUACCAAGAAUGCUCAUUACUUUACUUGAAUCACAUCAAGAUCCAAAAGGAAAAGUUAAUGUUCCACCUGUGUUACAAUCGUUUAUGAAUGGGAAACAAGUAAUUAGUAAAAAUUCCAAUGUACCUAAAUUAAAACUAAUAAAGACAUUAAAAAAA